AUGAGGGCGACGAGCUUGCCGACGGCUACCCCUUACACCCCGGCAACGUUGGCGUCGAUCAAGGAGUAUGAAUCGACAAUCAAGGAGCUGCAGAAUGAAAACUGGCAGCUCAAGCUCCGCAUCUUUUACCUCACUCAAUCCGUGGAGCGUUUCAAACCCGAGGAUGGAUUCAACAUCAAAGAGAAUAUUGAGCAAAAAGUUGCCAUCGAGAAACUGCAACGCGAUCUCGAGGAGAAGGAUGCGUUGCUUCUCGCAGCGCGCACAACCAUCCAGCGGUAUGUCGAGUCGGAGACCAACUCGCUCGACAAGACGUUCUCCGAUCUCAACGAAGAGGGCUAUGCGGGAGAAGAGACCGAAGAGCAUCUCCACCACAAGAAGCAAAGUGAUCAAAAGCAGCGCCAGCUUGAAGACGAAAACGCCAACUUGCGGGAAAUGUUCCAAGAGCAGUCCAACGAUAUGGAAGAGUUGGUGGCUCGCCUUGAGACCAGCGAGGAAAGAAACAAGGAGCUGCGAUCAACUGUGCAAUCGAGUGAAGAGGCAGUGGCCGAUCUGCAGGAGAAGCUCAAUGCCCAAGAGUCGCGGCAGAUCUCCGAUCCGAACACGCCACGCAAGCAGGCGUUGCAACAGAAGGUUGUCACACUGGAGGAGCAGCUUGCCCAGUACGACCAAGAGCUGCAACAGCGCAGCGCCGCCUCUGAUGAAGUAGACCAGCAGAUGCUUGCGGAGUACGAAGAAACCAUCAAGUUCUACGAGCAGAAGACCAAAGGCCUCGAAGCCGACAAUGUCAGCCUAUUGGCCGCCCUCCAGGAGAAGGACAGCGAAGCUGCCGCGGCGCUACUUGAACUGAAGGAAGAGCAUCUCACUGCACAGGCACAGGCCAAGCAGCUCGAGGAGCAGCUCGAGGCUCUGCGUGCUCAGGCAACAGCUGCCAAGCAAACUAAGCUCGCGCAGCGGCGAAGCGAGGAAGAAAAUCACGUUAUGAAGGAACAGCUCGAAGCUAACCUCAAGAUGAUGGACGACUACCUCAAGAUGAUGGAGCAGAUGGGGACGAAGUACAAGGACCUCCAAGCCGCGAACAAGGACCUCAUCGAAGAGAACAGGUCCCUGCGCGAGCAGCUGACGUCAACUCCCCUACCCGUCCCCGCCGUCCCGCGCGGCGGCUCAGACCAGUCGCCUCUCUCGCACACCCUCUCGUUCUCGACGGUCACGCCCUCUCGGGUGUCUCCGAUCUUGCCGACCGGCGUCCAGCUUCGAAGAGACGAGAACGGCGGAGCGACGGCCAGCGCGAAAGAGUCGCGACGCGAGAGCAAGAAGACUGAGCGAGGAGGAGACCCCGCAGAUACGCGAGCAGGCAAGCAUCGCCAUGGUGACAGGCGACGACGUGGCAAUGACUACUACUCAGGCGAGGAGAGCGAUGAGGAAGUGGAUGAAGAGGAGAGACAAGACGAACGAAAUGGUAAUAUGCGACCGAAGUCGAAGGGCAGGAGAAGGGAGGAGCGGUCUGGCAGAGAAGACGAACGCAGGGAAACGGUCCGCCGCCACCGGAGCAGAGGGAGGAGGAGCGCCUCUGGGUCGGGCAAGGCCAAAGAGGAGGCCGAGCGAGAGCAGGACUACGACAACAACGACGAGGACCUGCUGCAGAUCGACGACCCCAUGGAGGCCCUCGUGCAGCAGAUCCAGGAGAGGGACGACUUUGUGUGCCUGGUCGCGUUGGCGCUCAAGGAGCUCCAUAAGACCUGCGCGCAGGGCGGGUCCACCACCGGCGCCACUGCCAACGAUGGCCACGGCCACCGCUGGGCGAACGGCGGCUUCGAGUUUGAUCUCAGCAACAGGUUUGGGAUGAACUCGUCGUCGUCGACGGGUCACGCGCGAGAGCACGCGAGGCCGUCGUCGACGUGCUCGUCGUACGCCUUCUCCGCGCUUCCGUCGCCGCGUAAGUCGUCAUCGCUCGCUCUCAGCAUCCGGCUCCCUCCGUCUACGCGCGACCUCGACCGACUCUCGGUAGCGCUCACCGAGCAGAAGCUGGCCAUGGAGGAGGCCUUCGUGCUGCUGGCUUCGCUGGUGCGGAAGAGGGACGCGGCGCACCAGAGCGAGCGCGAGCGGCUGCAGCAGGUGGCCAGCAAGUACAAGUACGAGAUCAACUCGCUCAAGAUGCAGCUCAAGCACUUCAAGGGCUUCUACCAGCGGGGCAGCGGCGGAGUCCGGGGCGGAGGAUCGAUGCCGCGCACCCGCUCGGUGGAGGCGAUGCAGAUGCGAUGCGGCGGCGGCGACGAGAGCGACGACGAGUACGACGACUACGGCGCUGGCCACGAUGCGGCGGACAUGUGGCGUACGCGGGAUGGGGAGGACGACGUGACGACCAUCUUCAACCGGCUCAAGUCCAAGCUGCGGAAGGAGAGGGCCGCGGACCGCGACUACCUGCACCAGUCCCACGACGCCGACGAAGAGUACGAUCGGAGCAACCAGGAGCUGCUGUGGGCGCUCAAGGAGGUGCAGGUAUGUCUUUCUUUUCUUUUCUUGAGCUCCAGACAAAAGCUCAAGCCACCCACGCAGACAGCGACUGAUCGUGGUUUUUGGGUGGUGGGCUGA